CACAGCAUUCGGCGGUCUGAUGUUCGCACGCUCUCAUCUGGCGGGCGUCAUUUGUUGGCGACGACGGUACAAGCAAGCGAAGAUGAGGUCCAGCAGUAUGGGCGCCGGCAGCGUGAGGCUUGCGGCGGCGCUCCUCGCGCUGGCGCUCGCCGCGGCGGGCAGCGCCCCGCCGUGCGCGGCGCAGCCACUCCGGCGCAACUACUACGCCGGCGUCUGCCCCAGCGUGGAGUCCAUCGUGCGCGGCGUCGUGGCGAAGAAGGUCCAGCAGACCGGCACCACCAUCGGCGCCACCGUGCGCCUCUUCUUCCACGACUGCUUCGUCCAGGGCUGCGACGCGUCGGUGAUCGUGGCGUCGGCUGGGAAUAACACCGCGGAGAAGGACCACCCCAACAACCUGUCCCUGGCCGGCGACGGCUUCGACACCGUCAUCAGGGCCAAGGCGGCCGUCGACGCCGUGCCGCAGUGCCGGAACAGGGUGUCAUGCGCCGACAUCCUCGCCAUGGCCACCAGAGACGCCAUCGCCCUGGCCGGCGGGCCGUCGUACGCGGUGGAGCUGGGGCGGCUGGACGGGCUGAGCUCGACGAAGAGCAGCGUCGACGGCAAGCUUCCGGCGCCCUUCUUCAACCUGGACCAGCUCAACAAGAUCUUCGCGGCCAACGGGCUCUCGCAGGCCGACAUGAUCGCCCUCUCAGUUAGGCAAGCACAACCAUGCAAGCAACCGUGGCCGCUACCUCCAAUCCAACAGCCUGCACUGCACAUGAUCCAAUCCAAUCGCAAUCCAGCUCGUCCAUGCCAUGCCUUAUUCCCUUUAUUUCCUGUUCUGGAACCUAGCGCCGCUACCGUACAACACACCCGAUCAUCUCCGAUCCAAGGACGCCAACGAUCUGACGACGACAGCCUCGAUGCAUGUGAUGGUUUUGAUGCAGCGGGUCACACGGUGGGGCUGGCGCACUGCGGCACCUUCUCUGGCCGGCUCCGGGGGCCGUCGGCGCCGGACCCGACGCUGGACCGGGGCUACGCGGCGCAGCUGCAGGCGGAGUGCCCGGCGAACGUCGACCCGCGGGCCGCCGUGUCCAUGGACCCCGUCACGCCGGUGGCCUUCGACAACCAGUACUUCCGAAACCUGCAGGGCGGGAAGGGCCUGCUGGCCUCCGACCAGGUGCUCUACACCGACCCGAGGUCCAAGCCCACCGUCGACGCCUGGGCCCGGAGCGCCGCGGCGUUCAACCGGGCCUUCGUGGAGGCCAUCACCAAGCUGGGCCGGGUCGCGGUCAAGACGGGGGCCCAAGGGAACAUCCGCCGCAACUGCGCAGUGCUCAACUGACUAUUUUUCAAUUGCCGAGCUAAUUUGUAAUGUAACCCAGUUUCUUCAUACCUCCGCUAAAAAAAAGUUUCUUCAGACCUGUUUGGAGGAAACAAAGCCAAAAAUAUUCAAGUCUGUACUAUUUAUUGGGAACUCUAA